AUGUGUUCGGAAGAUUUGAAGAACCCAAAACGCUUAAAAGACUUGGAGGACCUAGAAGAUUCGGGAGAUGAAAAAAGUUCAAAAGAUCUAGUAGAUACAAUACAUUCGGAUAGUGAACACUUACAAGAGGAUGACAAAAAGACAGAGAUGGAAGAUACAAACAAUAAGCUGGUUGAGGAGUUGGGCCAGCUAAAAAAAAUGAACUCUGCAAUAUCAAGCACAAUUGAUUCAAUCCGGUCGAUAAGUGGAAAUAUAGGCAAGAUGAUGGAGAAUACGUCAAACGCAAAUAAAAUGGUCGACAUAUGGUCGCAGUUAAUAUUGCGUGACGAGCAGAUAACCAAAAUGAUGUCAAGUGAAGAGAUUAGAGGUGUAUGGAGGUCACCUGAACAAUUUGAGAAGGAGAUUGAGGAGAGAAAGAAACGGUUGAUACAGUUAAAAGAGCAAUAUGGAAAGCUGAAACACCGACGGAAGAGGGUGUGGUGA